GCAGAAGCACCUCCCUCCUUCCUGGCUUCUCCCUCCUGGAGGGGGAAAUGGUUUUCAUCUCUCCAGAGUGAUGCAUCGGUAAAGGACCUAUUUGCAGAAAUGGGCGCUAGUUUCCUUGAGGCAGAGAGGACUCCACUGGACGCCAGACAGAGCCUACCUGGGGAUGGAAAGAUUCUGGGUGGACCUCCUCAGCUGUCACAUCUUCGCAAUGGAGGGGAAACAGAUGCUGUGGGAUCAGAUCAGGGUCCAGUGUCUUUUGAUGACGUGGCUCUGCAUUUCACAGAGGAGGAGCGGGCCCUGCUGGAUCCUGAGCAGAGAGCUCUUCCUAAGGAAGUCAUGGAGGAGAAUUGUGGAAUCGUGGCUUCUCUCAGUAAAGGUCCCUGUUGGAUCACCAUAUCUGUUGUGAAAUUCAAUUAUUUAAAUAUCUGAUGAACCACAAUAUUCUGAUCUGGCUCAACAGCGCCACCUACAGCAUCUGGGGUUCUAAGCCCCCGCAGUUAACCUUGAAUGGAUACUGUUUUGUCUCUGAAUAUGCUGCAUCAAGUUAUACCAUUCUAACAGAGAUCAUACUGGUCUGAAUGGCCUACGUUUCAGAGCUGUUAGGAGGUGGAACUAGCCAUUUUCAGGUUGGCCAAAGAGACCAGUGACUCAGUGAAUCAUAAUGGUUUUCAUGACUGGGCCAAGCAGCAAUCCAUCUCAAAAAAGUGGUGGGUUUUACUAAUUUCAGAUUCUCAAAAAUAUGGAAACAUCAGUUCAGAUUAUCUCUUUAAGAACCAGCCUUUUCUAAGGAAAUCUGUACAUCCUCUGAAAUCCAAGACUCUAUUCAAGCAGCUGACAUGUAACUCGCAAAGUCAGAUUAAGUUUUUAGGUUUUACUUACAAAUCUGUGUUGUGUUUGAUUGUUGCCCUCCUUCAUCCCAUUCCCCCCCCCCGGCCAAACAGAUUUAAUACUGUUGUGGGUUUGGGGGUUGAGAUGGAUUCUUGUGAGUCCCCUUCCAGCCUCUGAUUUGGAGACUUGCACCUGGAGGUGAAAAACGCUCUGCUGGUCGGAUGAGUUUCUUUCAUUAGUCUAAUAGAGUGGCCAGGUGGAUUAAUGGGUCUAUGAAUGGUGAAUGGGCCAUGGAGAUCCUUUUGUCAAUGAAACUCGACAGUCCCCCCCCCCAGGAGGGGCUUGUGUUUGAGAGUGUUGGAGAAAGGCUGGGAACUGGAAGCAGAGCUGGAUAUUGAACUGCUGAUGCCUUGAACCCCUCCAUCCUAAGGUCAGGUUGGAAUGUGUGUAAAUAAACAAACCAUAUUUCAUAAAGA